AUGAUUAAUGAGGCAUUAGCAAAACAGAAAUCUGAUUCUGAUGCUGAGAUAGAAAAUUUAAGAAAGGAAGUUCAAUCCCAAAAAGCACAGAAAACUCAGGCACCAGUUGAACCGGUUAGACAACCAAAAGGUCCCCCAUCAAAUUUAAAAACAGACAAAGAUUAUGAAAAUUAUUAUUUAGUGAAAUUUUUUAACGAUUUAGGUAUAUAUGAUUUAGAUUCAAAUUAUCCUGAAAAACCUUUUCAAAGACCUCGUCCACAGCAAAAAGAUAACUCUAGAUUAGAGGAGAAAGUAGAUGAAAUUGGGAAUAUGUUAUCUCGCCUUAAUAUAGACAAUCAACCCCAAAAACCAGUAGCCAAAUCAAAUCGAACACAACGAUAUUAUCCCUUUCAACCAAUAAAUUAUAGCGUUUCAGCUAAUGAAGAAAAUAAUGGAUAUGAUGAAGAAAAAGAUAUAUGCCAAAAACAUAUAAUGAAUUAUUUCCAAAGCUUUCACCAGCAAUGCGAAAAAUGUGCCAGUCUCGUACAGUUCAGAAAAAAGAAUCAGAUGAAUAAUGGGAGUGAAUUUGGAGCCUUGAAUGAUGCAACAAUUAAUGCCCUUGGAUGGAAAGCUGAUAAGCCAUCUAACUUCGAUAUAAAAGGUAAUUCUAAACAUAUCACUGAAUCAUUAGGAUGGUUUACAGAUGUGCCAGUCACUAUAAAAGAUAAAGAUGGUAAAACUGUUACAGCUACUGGAAAUUUUACACAUAUUGAUAAUGGUGAACCUGAACCAAUGUUAUGUUUAGGCAUGACAUGGAUUCGAAAAGUUCAAGGUAUUCUUGAUCCAAAUAAAAAUCAAUUCCGAAUGAAGUUACAUGGUAAGUCUUACAUUAUCCCAACUUUUAACAAGGCUUCAGAAGCAUUAGAUCCACCAAAAGAGAAGCAAGAUUCAUUGCCUCAACCUAAGCGCCUUGCCAGAGAAGACUCAGUGCUUGCAGGAGCUACGAGUAAUUUUAGGCUCAGUUCCGGUUCCAGUUCUCGUUCCAGCUAUGGCUUAAAGGAUCUCCCUUCUUCGGCAUCUAAAUUUACGUUUGAAGAUAUAGAGGCACUAAACGCAACCUUCAAAUCGGCUUCCAACGAGAACGAAGUCAUACCUGAUGUUGAAGUCACGGACAUCCCUCUUAGUUAUUUUUCCCCCAAUAUCUCUAGUGAUAUGCUUCGGAGACCUGAUUUCGAUGUCGAGAUUUUUGACAUUCCGGAUAUAUACGUUAAGACAUUCAUUAACAACCUGCACAGAGUCGUCGUGAAUGCAGGCCUCGAUAUAGGCACGGACGAAUCCAAGACCGACACGUUAGUAAACCAUCUGUUGAAUCGCAUUGUUGAAUUCAAUGGUUGGCCCUUGGGUGUUAGAGUCAAAGAAUGCUACAGGCUAUUCGUUAGUGAUAAGAGAAUAUCUGCAAGACCUGAAUUUGUCGUGGAUAAGAAAGAAGUUAAUAUGAUAGUCGUAGACCAUAAGCAUUUGAAAAACGUUUCUCCACCUGAUUUUGGGGAAGCGCAAAUGCUUGCCGAGAUACUUGCCUGCGGAGAUGAAAAUGUGCGUCUCUCUCGUGCAAUUACGGAUCAGACUAUAUUCGCUGUUCGUGUCAUCUCUUCGUAUGUUACAUUUUACAAGGCUGAGAUUUCUGUGGCAUAUUGGAAAGAACUUAAGAAGGGGCUACCACAAAAGCAGACGAUUACGAUUUUAAGGUGGCCGGGGGGAAGUGAUCCAAAUGCUGGUCUAGAUUUAGCAGAACCUGCCGGAAGACGAUCAGUGCUGAGAGCAUUAGUUAAAAUUCGUGAAUCACUUUUACAGGAAUAG